GCUGCGUGGUAUGACUUACCAGGAAAGCCAUAUGAUAAAAAGUCAUUUGAAACAGAUAUUGAUGAUCUGCUUUUAGAAACAUCAAUUGAUGAACAACAAAAUGAUGAUGAUGAUGAAAAUGGUGAUGAUGAUCAUAAUGCAACUUGCCAAAAUAAAUUUAAAUGUCAAAAGAAUAAAAAGCGUUCAAAAGCAAGAAUUAUUAGAAGUGUUGGUUUUAAUAAGAUAGCAGACCCUGAAAAACAUUAUAGAGAAUUAAUCAUGCUAUUCACAUCAUGGAGAAAUGAAAACACUGACUUGAUUGGCAAUUGUUCUUCAUACCAAGAAAAUUACUUGCUAUUAAAAGGACAAAUAGAGGAGCAAAUGAAAUUAUAUGCUGUUUGUAGUCAAGACUUAGAUGAAAUUGAAGAAAAAUUAAGUAGCAUGGAAGAAAAUGGCAAUAAUUAUGAUUUGAUAGCACCCAAUACUCAGGAUAUAGAACUUCAUGAUGAGGCUGAAGGUGCACAAGAUUUGCACCCUGAUUUCACCGAGAGCUAUGACCUCUCAGAAGACAUAGGCAUUCCAUCUACUGCAGCUAACACUGAGCGACUUAUAUUAAAUGAAAUACCAGAUAGCGAAUACCGUAAUAUGGUCCAGACACUAAAUAAAGAACAAAAGGAAUUCUUCUACCAUAGCUUACAUCUUAUGAAAACAUCCAAUGAUCCAUUCUAUAGUUUUCUCAGUGGAGGAGCUGGUGUUGGUAAAUCACAUGUUACAAAAGCCUUGUAUCAAGCAGCUUUAAAAUACUAUAACACCAAAGCUGGAGAUGAUUUUCAUCAAGUAAAGGUUUUAAUGUUAGCUCCUACUGGUAAAGCAGCCUAUAAUAUCAAAGGCAACACAAUACAUAGUGCUCUUGCAAUACCAGCCUGUCAAUCUUUGAAAGACUAUAAGCCACUGGAUUCUAGUAGACUAAAUACUCUCAGGUGCCAGCUGGGAGGUGUGAAACUGAUAUACAUAGAUGAGAUAUCAAUGGUAGGAAAUACCAUGUUUAAUGUACAAAUCAACAAUAGACUUAAAGAUAUAAAAGGUAGUAAGGAUGACUUUGGAGGUAUCAGUAUAAUUGCUAUUGGUGAUUUAUUUCAACUUCAGCCUGUCAUGGAUGGCUAUAUAUUUAAAGAUUUAGACAACUCAGAAUACAGCAUCCUUGCUCCAAACCUAUGGCAAAAACAUUUUAAAAUGUUCGAGCUACAUGAAAUUAUGAGACAGAGAGAAAGCAAAUUAUUUGCUGAAAUCUUGAACAGAUUAAGAGAAGGCAUCCAUACAAUUGACGACAUUCUGAAACUUAAAGAAAGAAUGUUUGAUGAAAAAAGUGACCUCAACUUCCUAAUGGAUAUUCCUCAUCUUUUAUACAAAACAAAAGGUAAAUGAUUUCAAUGAAAAGGUGCACCAAGCAGCAAAAGGCAGAAAGUACUCUAUUAAAUCGCAAGAUAGUGUAAUAGGAGCAAGCUGUUCAGAGCUUAGGGAUAAAAUAAUGAAGCAGAUACCUGAUGACCCAAGGAAAACAAAACAAAUUGUCUCUAAUCUUCAUGUAGCUGAAGGUGAAAGAACAGAAUUAGCAAUGAAUAUAAGAACUGAAGAUGGCAUGACAAAUGGUGCUGGAAAUGUUGUUAAAAAGUACAAUUACAUCAGAAAAACAAACCAUCUGGUAUAAUAUGGGUACAGUUUGAUCAUGCUGAUGUAGGGGGAAAAACUAGAUGUGAUAAUAAGCACUUGUAUGCACAGGGUAUAGAAACUACUUGGACACCUAUCAAACCAAUUACUACACAAUUUGCUGUAGGAAGAAAUAGAACAGCUCAAGUUGUGAGGAAACAAUUCCCUCUGAGGCCUGCUGCUGCUAAAACUAUUCACAGAUCACAAGGUGACACUGAGAGUAGAAUAGUUGUUAACUUUGAUACUAAAAAGGCAAUACCUCACAUACAUUAUGUGGGUCUUAGCAGAGUUAAAACCAUAGAAGGAUUACAUAUAACUAAUCUUUGUGAAAAGAAAAUAGCUGUCAGUCCUGAUGUACAAACAGAAAUGAGACGGUUACGAAAUUCAGGUCUAAGUCUGUCAGUAUCUCCUCUUUAUAGUAAAAGUCCACUUUCUUUAAAAAUAUGCUAUCUUAAUGCAAGGUCAUUACACAAACAUAUAGAUGAUAUACGUAAAGAUCUCAACUACUCAAACACUGACAUAAGCAUUUUUUUUUCAGAAACAAGAUUUACUCAUUCAGAUCAUGAUAGCAUGUAUGCCAUUGAUGGAUAUAGUUUGUUUAGAAAUGACUGUGACUCUAAUAACACUACAAGACCGUUUGGAGGUACAGCAGUAUACAGCAGAAUCCAAUUAAUUCCUGGCUCUCCUUAUUGUUUAAAUAGGAAUGGUGUUGAGCUGACUAUCAUUAAAUGCAUGUAUCUACCUCAUCUCACCAUUAUUGGUGUGUAUCGAUCCCCAAAAGUGCCAGUAACACAAUUGUGUAUUGCAUUAAGACAGGUACUUUUACAUACAACUACACAGUACAAUAUUUUCCUUGGAGAUUUUAAUGUAAACUGGUUAAAUCAAACUGAUAGAGUUCCAUUAUAUAAUCUAUUUAUUACAGAAAAUAACUACAGACAGUUAGUAUCUUUGUAUACCACUGACAGCAAAACAGCUAUAGACCACAUUUAUACUAACCUGCCAGAAUCUCAGGCAAAGUUACACUUGUUAGAAACUUAUUUUUCAGACCACAAAACAAUAUGUGCGUUAAUAAACUAUGUCAAUACAGAAACAUAACUUCAAUUCAAACUUUUCUUGCCUGUUAUACAGAUAAGGACACAACCACACCUAGAUGUAAUACAAUCCAUACUAAAAGAUGACUACAUAAUCAUAAUAAUCACUACAAAGAUUCAGUAAUUUCUAUAACUCCUUCAUCCCUGUACCCUCCCUCUCCCCUAACAGUAAUCAUCAGGUAAAUAUCCACUAUAUUUCAGUAAUUAUAUACUCAAAGGAUUGGUUUAGCUUAUAUUGUGUCCUUUAUUUUUAUAGGCAAUAAUCCUUUAUUUAUUAAUAGUCUUCUUUUUUUUUUCAGUCAUGGAUGAUUUCUCAAAGCAAACAGCUACUCACAGCACUGGUGCUCCUUCUUCAAGUCAAGAAUUUGUGGGAUACAUACAUAAUGUUUCUGCUGUGUAUAACGAAAAGUUUUUUUCAAUGCCAGUUGCAAGGGAGGGAUGAAUCAGUUACCCGAGCCGUGUGCUUCUCACCAAGUAAGCGCAAGAUUUUUGCAGACUUUCAGGACAAGAAGAGCCCCAUAAAAUUAAAAGGUUCAAAGUAGACACCAAUGCAAACACCAGUGAUCUGUUGAUGGGACAUGAUGUCAUAGUCGAACACUAUCCAGAACUGGACUUCCAAAGAUCACAAAUACAAUCUUCAACCACCCUUUUGUCAGUCAAAUCUGUUCGAGUUGGCCAGCAUAUAACUGUAAAGGCCAAACUAACCAACAUGUCCAAACAGCAAAAAGCAGGAGAUUUAACUCUUGUGAACUGUAUUCUGCUUGACCCUACAGCUUCAAUGAAAAUGGUAUUGUGGGAGAAUUUUAUUAACCAAGUGGAAAACAACCGAACAUAUAUCUUCCACAAUGUAACUGUACGAAAAGGACAAAUACAAUGAAACCAUUUACUUAAACACUGCUAAAUAUGGCACUGAAAUCAGACUCACAGAAGAUUUUACUGAAAUCCUAGCUGUGCCACUAACUCAGGACACUACACAAUUUGUAUCCACAACCGUCGAAGGAGAAAUAAUGGGAAUAGUUUCCAUCAACUCGUACUUCUCUUGCUUUAAGUGUAAAAAGAAACUAGAGCAAUCUACUGGAGCAGCAUAUUUGGAGUGCAAAAUUGUCACAUGAAGCAAAAAACUUAAACCUGCAUCUCAACACUGGUAUGCUCAGGUAAUGGUACAGUUCUCUGAUGAGAAGUCCCUAGAACUAACAUUGUUUGAGGAGCCAAUCAAGCAGAUACUGGCAAUUCAAAACCAAAAAGCCAGCCAACAUUAACUCGGGACAUUCUCACAAACAGUUUAUUAAAUCUUCCAGCAGUAAACUUCACAUACAACACAACAACCAAAGUAGUCCUCAAGAUUGCCCAAAAGGAGUAACUAACAUGUAAUUAACACAUUUUGGUUAACAUAGAAGUAUAUACUCUAGGAUGUACACGUAGUUACAUCUAUCAUUGCAGUUCUGUUUCGAUUUGAAUUUUAUUAGUACUGAGAAUUGCUACAAAAACCAGUUUGGUUAACACAGUAGUAUAUACUCUAGGAUGUACAUGUAGUUACAUCUAUCAUUGCAGUUCUGUUUCGUUGAAUUUUAUUAGUACUGAGAAUUGCUACAAAAACCAGUUUGGUUAACACAGUAGUAUAUAAUCUAGGAUGUACAUCUAGUUACAUCUAUCAUUACAGUUCUGUUAAGUUUUGCUAGUACUGAGAAUUGCUACAAAAACCAAAAAACGGGUUUGGGUUAACAUAAUAGUAAGUUAAGAAUUGCUACAAAAAUAAACACGUUUUGGUUAACAUAACAGUUCAUACUCUAGGAUGUACACAUGUAGUUACAUCUAAGAUUGAAGUUCUGUUUAGUCACGUCACCACUGAAAAUUGAUACAAAAACCAGUUUUACAAAAAAAAAACAUGUUAAAAUUGUUCACUUAAACAUAAUUCUAAAACAAUGACGUGCAAACUACUGUUUACUAUUCUUGUUUGUAAUAACUCAUGUUUCAUACGUUUAUUAAAAUCUUUAAAAUUAAAAAGUUUUCAUUUGCCAAUCAUUGAGUCCUAUUUUUUAUAACAAACCAAGUCCAUAUUAACCUCUUGACUGCCUGCCAACAUCUUUUCAUAUCCCUGUGCCAAGGCUCAGCAGACAGACACGCUUUACCUUACCUUCAUCGUCUCAUCAUCAUCAUCAACUUUAUUUGUUUAAGCAAGUUGUUAUAUUCGAGGUAAAUAAAAUCAAAAUUUCAAUCAUCAUA